UUCAUCAUACAUAUAAUUGUAAACUAGAAAAAAAGUCAUUUUUUCUUCAUUGUAAUAAGAAUGUCUUCUUCAAUUGAAUUAGGAAUCGAUCAAUUCUCUGAGGCUAACAAUGUAAUUCUCAUGUCAUUGAUGGAAGAAACACAUGAAUAUGAAGAUGAAUACAUUGGUGAUGAUAAACUUGUAAGUAUGAUUCAAUCACUUGAAGCAGAGAUAAGUGACACUCAAAAUUAUGACAUGGGAGGAUAUAUGGAUGGUCAAGAUUGUUCCACGUCGUUAAUCAUUGAUUCUGAUCAUUGGGUUGAUAUAGAAUUGAUCUCUUCAUCAUUGUUUGAUGAGGUGAAUAUGAAUGUGAAUGCGAAUACAUGGUGUGAAAAUGAGAUGGAGCAUAUGAAAAUGGAAUAUGAAGAUCAAAAUUUCAUUGAUGAUUUUCAGAUGUGUUAUGGAGUUUUCAUGGAACAACAACAUAGAAAAAGUUAGAAUUUGUCCCAAGUAUCAAAUGAUGUAGUUUUAUGAAGUUAAGUAAUUAAUAGUAACAUCGUUUAUAUAGAGAAAAAGAAACAAUCUUUGAAUUUAUCAUAUAUUUGUGAAGGGAAGACUCCUACAAUGCAUGUAUCAAACAUGUUAAUUUCAAUUAAUCACAUUAUAUGUGAAAUAUCUUAUUUAAUGGCAUAUAUAUUUUUCUA